AUGAAGACUACUACAGGUUCCACAUCUCAUGGUUCAUCCUCAUCCUCCAAUGGUCUCCUCACCGUCACCAUUGCUAGCAGCACUCACCCUCACGGCCCCGCUGCCAACGACGAUGACGAUGACCUCCUCGUUGAUCCUGACGAUCCUUUUGAUAUUACACAAACCAAAAAUGCUCCUCCCGAGACCCUCAAGCGUUGGCGACAAGCAGCAUUUGUUCUCAAUGCGUCGAGGCGUUUUAGAUAUACUCUCGACUUGAAAAAGGAAGAGGAGAAAGAACAAAAGAAAAGCAUGAUUAGAGCUCAUGCACAAGUCAUCAGAGCUGCUUUGCUUUUCAGAAUGGCCGGUGAACGCGAACUAGUAACAGGUACAUCAGUGGCUUCCACAAUAACUCCAGGUGGUGACUAUGAAGUUGGACUCGAACAACUUGUUUCAAUGUCCAAGAAUCAAAACAUUUCAACUUUACAACAAUAUGGAGGGGUUAAAGGCUUAUCAGGUUUUCUAAAGUCAGAUUUGAAUAAAGGGAUUAGUGGAGAUGACGAUGAUCUAUCAAAGAGGAAAAAUGCAUUUGGAACUAAUACAUAUCCUCGGAAAAAGGGUAGAAGUCUUUGGAGGUUUCUAUGGGAAGCUUGGCAGGAUCUGACCCUUAUAAUAUUGAUUAUAGCAGCUGUGGUAUCAUUAGUGCUUGGAGUAUUUGAAAAGGGUUGGGAAAAAGGAUGGUUGGAUGGAGGAAGCAUUGCUUUUGCAGUUUUACUUGUCAUUGUAGUUACAGCUGUCAGUGAUUAUCGGCAAUCUCUUCAGUUUCAGAACUUGAAUGCAGAAAAACAAAAUAUACAAUUGGAGGCCAUAAGAGGUGGCAGAACAAUAAAAAUAUCGAUAUUUGAAAUUGUCGUUGGUGAUGUACUGCCCCUUAAAAUAGGAGAUCAGGUUCCUGCUGACGGAGUUUUAAUUACUGGUCACUCACUUGCCAUUGAUGAAUCCAGCAUGACUGGUGAAAGCAAGAUUGUUCACAAGGAUCACAAAGCACCAUUUUUUAUGUCAGGCUGCAAAGUAGCAGACGGAGUUGGUUCUAUGCUGGUAACUAGUGUUGGUAUAAAUACUGAGUGGGGAUUGUUGAUGGCAACUAUCUCAGAGGACACUGGAGAAGAGACUCCACUACAGGUACGAUUGAAUGGAGUAGCAACUUUUGUUGGUAUUGUUGGGCUUACUGUAGCUAUUGCUGUUCUUGUAAUUCUCUUGGGAAGAUACUUUUCUGGCCAUACAACGGGUUCAGAUGGAAAAGUGCAAUUUGUUUAUAAGGUGACUAAGAUUGACAAAGUUUUAGAAGGGUUCAUCGCAAUUUUUACCAUUGCUGUAACAAUUGUGGUUGUCGCAGUGCCAGAAGGUUUACCUUUAGCAGUUACCUUAACCCUGGCAUACUCGAUGCGGAAGAUGAUGGCAGACAAAGCUUUGGUGCGAAGGCUAUCAGCCUGCGAAACCAUGGGCUCUGCUACGACAAUUUGCAGUGAUAAAACUGGAACUUUGACCUUAAACCAGAUGACUGUAGUUGAGGCAUAUGCUGGUGGGAGGGAGAAAUUAAAUCCACCAGAUGACUCGUCAAAAUUGCAUCCAGAAGUUUUAUCUCUGAUAAAUGAAGGCAUAGCACAAAAUACAACAGGCAAUAUUUUCAUUCCUAAGGAUGGUGGAGAGACAGAGAUUUCAGGAUCUCCUACAGAGAAGGCAAUUCUAUCUUGGGCAGUGAAGUUGGGAAUGAAUUUUGAACUUGUCAGAUCAAGAUCAAAGAUUCUCCAUGUCUUCCCCUUUAAUUCUGAGAAAAAACGAGGUGGUGUUGCUGUGAAACUGGCGGACUCUGAAGUGCAUAUACAUUGGAAAGGUGCUGCUGAGAUAGUUCUAGGAACAUGUACCCAAUAUCUUGAUUCAAAUGGUCAACGACAAUCUAUUGAAGAAGAGAAGGCAUUCUUCAGAAAGGCAAUUGAUGACAUGGCUGCCCAGAGCUUGCGUUGUAUUGCUAUUGCAUACAGAUCAUACGAAUUGGAAAAAAUUCCAUCCAAGGAAGAGGAUUUAGACCAGUGGUCCUUACCCGAUCAUGAGCUUGUUUUGCUUGCUAUUGUUGGAAUAAAGGAUCCUUGUCGCCCUGGAGUCAAAGAGGCUGUGAGAUUAUGCACUGAGGCUGGUGUUAAGGUACGCAUGGUUACUGGGGAUAAUCUUCAAACAGCAAAAGCAAUAUCUUUGGAGUGCGGAAUACUGGUUUCAGUUGAAGAUGCAGUUGAGCCAAAUAUAAUUGAAGGAAAGACAUUCCGUGAACUCUCUGAAAAGGAAAGGGAACAAGUUGCUAAGAAAAUAACUGUGAUGGGAAGAUCAUCUCCAAAUGACAAGCUUUUGCUCGUGCAAGCACUGAAAAAAGGAGGUGAAGUUGUUGCCGUCACAGGAGAUGGCACUAAUGAUGCCCCUGCUCUUCAUGAGGCAGAUAUUGGUCUUUCUAUGGGCAUCCAAGGAACUGAAGUUGCAAAAGAAAGCUCAGAUAUUAUAAUCCUGGAUGAUAACUUUGCAUCAGUAGUGAAGGUUGUUCGUUGGGGACGUUCUGUUUAUGCAAAUAUUCAGAAAUUUAUUCAGUUCCAGCUCACUGUAAAUGUUGCUGCUCUUACUAUCAAUGUCGUGGCAGCUAUAUCUUCUGGUGGUGUUCCUUUAACCGCAGUACAGCUUCUGUGGGUCAACCUUAUUAUGGACACACUUGGGGCUCUUGCUCUGGCUACUGAACCACCAACUGACAGCCUUAUGCACAGAUCACCAGUUGGCCGAAGGGAACCUCUUAUAACAAAUAUCAUGUGGAGGAACUUGCUUGUACAGGCUAUUUAUCAAGUGACUGUUCUUCUGGUUCUUAACUUUGCUGGUGACAGUUUUCUACAAGAGGAAUCUGAGACAGAUACCUUAACAUUGAAGAAUACUAUAAUUUUCAACGCAUUCGUCAUGUGCCAAAUAUUCAAUGAAUUCAAUGCUCGAAAGCCAGAAGGGAUGAAUGUCUUCAAGGGAGUGACUCAGAACCGUCUCUUUGUCGGAAUUGUGGGAAUGACUUUUGUACUUCAGAUAAUCAUCAUCGAGUUCCUUGGGAAGUUUGCAACAACAGUGAAGCUGAAUUGGCAGCAGUGGCUUGCUUGUGUUUGUAUUGGGCUGGUCAGCUGGCCACUUGCGGUAAUUGGAAAAUUAAUUCCAGUUCCCAAAACACCAAUGUCGCGAUCCAUCUUGAGGGCGUUUAGGCGCUUGAAGAAGUCUCGUACUGCAUAAUGAGUUGCCGAACUUAUAACCUGCAAUUCAUAGUAAGCUAACUAACAACUGACAAGACCGUACAUAUCGCCGAACUGAGUCUUCUUUCUAGAACUUGUAACAUACCGGAUAUUCAACAUAUAUAACAAUCAUGUCACUUUUAGACUGUAAUAUACUGUAUAUUCAACAUAUAUACAAUCAUAUAAAUUUUUGACGA